AUGUUUCCCUCCUCUCUGGUGACCUGGGGCCUCACACUCUCCGCCAUCUUCCUCUUCUGGACGCUAUCCUCCACCAGCUCGUCGCCCUUUGCGCGCAACUUCCCGCGGCUCUACAACAAACGGAUAUGCCUGCUGAUCGCGCACCCCGAUGAUGAAGCUAUGUUCUUCUCCCCCACAGUCCUGGCGCUGACCAAGCCCGAGCUGGGGAACCAUCUCAAGAUCCUCUGCCUGAGUAGCGGGGACGCCGACGGCCUCGGCCACAUCCGCAAAAAGGAACUCCAGGAGAGCGCAAAACACCUCGGCCUGCGCAGCGACUCCGACGUCUUCAUCGUCGAUGACCCCGCCCGCUUCCCAGAUAGCAUAACCACCACUUGGUCCGACGCAGACGUCUCCUCCCUCCUCGCCUCCGCCUUCGCGCCAGGCCUCGCCGACAAAAACAGCCCAGCCUCAUCGGCGCCGCGGAAAAGAGGCGCAGCCCCCGCCGCCGCCCCGGUCGCCACCAUCGACGUCCUCCUCACCUUCGACCCCCGCGGCAUCAGCAACCACCCCAACCACCGCUCGCUCUACCACGGCGCCGUGCACUUCCUGCGCGCCCUGAUGCGCGACAAGGCCGGCUACGCCUGCCCCGUCACCCUGUACACCCUCACCACCACCAACAUCCUGCGGAAAUACAUCGGCGUGCUGGAUGCGCCGUGGACGAUGGCGACGGGGGCGCUGAGCUUUUUCACCGCCGCCGGCGGAGCGAAGGACGAUAUGCCGCGGAGGCUGAUGUUUGUGAGCUCCGUGGAGGAGUAUUUCCAGGCGCAGAAGGCCAUGGUCAAGGCGCAUAAGAGCCAGAUGGUCUGGUUCCGGUAUGGCUGGAUCACGCUGGGGCGGUAUAUGAUUGUGAAUGACCUGAAGCGGGAGAAGGUAUAG